AUGCUGGGCAAGCUUAAUCAACAUAAUAUGUACCAAGCUGUGUGUUCCAAGGACAUGUAUAAACAAUGCUUACCGUCAAAUUUUAUACAUUUGAUAUUUUCAACAUUUGGAUUCCAUUGGUUAUCAAAAAGCAUGGAGGAACAUAAAAACAUGCUUAUCAAAACCUAUCAUCGUUCAGAAGAUGAAAUGAGACUACCGUUUUGCCAAGGAUCAAAGGUUUCUGCAUUAGGUUUAGAAUUACAAUCCUUCACAAGGAGAAACUGGACAGCGGCUAAACAUCCUGGAAACAAAAACAAUCAGGAAAAUAUAAUGUGGGCCUCAUGUUUGACAUCUGUUGCAAGAGUUUGGAGUCAUACGCCUAUGAUCGAAAGCCUUCAAGAUCACCGCACACAGGAAGACAAAAUGAAUUUGAUGAACCGUUUCUAUGACAAUUUGAAGACACGUCUACUUGAAUGUAAAUUUGACUUAGACUACACAAUUGCUGAUCUAAUCAUAUCUAAAACCUAAGUGUGUGUUUCUGCAGUGAACUCAUUUAUAACAUAAACAUACAUAAGAAUAACGUUUAGCAGGAUUUUAAAUGCACUCUUUCACAAUUUGUUGCCCAUUUUUUAGUAUCACAGGGAUUCACGAAAAUUGACGCCAGAAGAGAAUAUUGGGCAUUGUCGAACAUAGGUUGUUAUACAUGACACGAUUCGGUCUAGUGUCCCAGAAUUUCGAAUUAAGUGUUGUGGAAUUUCAAAUAACGUUAAUUCAAAGAACCUUUGAACAGGUUUGUGAUUAUAAAGGUACUUUACCGGUUUUCAAAUAUCUCACAAGUUUGAAUAUAAAGCAGACAACCAUGGAGUGAAAAUAAAUGUAAAAUGAAGCGACAGAGGGAAACCAAAUCGGCUCUCGGAGUAAGCAUUUCCUGUCGCACAUAAAUUCAAACGAUUCCAAAAUCAGACCAGGUUGUAAUAUUUGAAAGAAAAAAAUAACCAAGAUAAAACCGGUAUAAACCAAUUUGCUUAAAUUCGAUUCAUUUUGUCUCUGUUCGAUACAACUAUAGCAGUCUAAUCAUGAUCACAUCACAUCUCCUUAUCUCCUUACAAAAAUAAAUAGAGAAUGUGUCUAUGGGCCACAGAUGCCCCCGCUUUAGCUUGUAAAUAUGCAUGAGUCAAUUUUCUAAUUGUUGACAUUUUCUUUUCUUUUCUUUUCUACAUGUUGUCAUUAGAAAUUCCUUGCAGGUUUGAGUGCUCUUAUUGUUCAAUAACA